AUGCGAGAAGGGGAGACCUUGAAAGCAUACUCAGACAGGUAUUGGGAGAUGUACAAUGAGAUAGAGGGUAACUUUGAUUACGUCGCCAUCAACACUUUCAAGAGCGGCCUCCCAACCGAGCAUGAUUUAAGAAAAUCCCUAACAAGAAAGACUGUCACCGGCUUGGGCCAACUCAUGGACCGGAUCGACAAGUAUAAAAUGGUUGAAGAAGACCAACAAUUGGGUAAAGGGAAAUCCAGAUCUAUCGAUGCGCAGGUAGUUAAUGCUGUGUUCCAAGAUCCAGUACAUCAGGUUCUGGAGAAGAUCAAGAACGAGCCAUUCUUCAAAUGGCGAAAUAAGAUGGCAGGAGACCCCAUGAAGCGCAACCAAAACCUAUAUUGCCAAUACCACCAAGAAACGAGGCACACCAUCGAGGACUGCAGGAACUUAAGGAAUCACUUGGACCAGCUGGCCUGA